AUGGAUAAACUUUCACCACUGACUCCUGUAUCACCUAGAAUUUCCUUCAAAUCUUCACUUCAACAUCUGGACUUAGAAUGGACUGUCCAAAACCUUCCACAUCACCAGGAACUAAAAAUGAUAUUUCUGAUAGAAAUCAGUAGAAUUAGAACAUCCAAUAUCAUCUGGGUGGGGAAUUACAGCACCACUGUGAAGUGGAACCAAGUCAUCCACUGGAGCUGGAAAUCCGAGUUGCCUUUAGAAUGCGCCACACACUUCGUAAGAAUAAAGAGUAUGGUGGACAAUGGCAUGCCGCCCGAGCUGAGUUCCUGGAGUGAGUGGAGUUCGUGGGAGGAAGUUCAUGCUCAAAAUCCUCUUGAACCUAAUGCAUUGUUUGUAUUCCCUAAACGGAAACUGGUGGAAGAGGGUGCCAAUGUUACUAUUUGCUCUAUUUUUGGGAGCAAUCUAAAAGAUAUAUUCUGUUAUUUGGAAGGUGAACUGAUUCAUGGAGAGCAACUUGACUCACAUAUACUGACAUUCGAAUUGAGUAAUGUUCCUUUUGUUAGAGUAUCAGGGAUGAAUUUCUACUGUGUGGAGAAGCCAACAAAUAUUACCGAUGGCAUUGUUCUCUUUGUCUCAAAAGUUCUUGAGGAGCCCAAGGAUUUUUCCUGUGAGACCCGGGACUUCAAGACUUUGAGCUGUACAUGGAGUCCCGGGGUGGACACUGGCUUAGGUUGGUCUAUGCAACCUUCCCAAAGCUACACUUUAGUUGAAUCAGUCUCUAGGGAAAGGAAACAUUGUGAGCACAAAAAUGUAUGCAAUUGGAAAAUCACUCAAGAAUUGCAAGAAAUAUAUAAUUUCACUCUCAUAGCUGAAAAUCACCUAAGGAAAAGGAGUGUCAAUAUUUUUUUUAACUUGACUCAUCGAGUUCAUCCAUUGGCUCCCUAUAAUGUCAGCCUUGAAAGUAUAGAAGCCACACAAGCCACAUUAAGAUGGAAAGUGCUCUACCAUGGAAAUCGUUACUCACUUUUGUGUCAGGUUGAACUUGAAGGUGAAGGAAAAGUGAUACAACAGUCCAAUGUGUCCGUUAAGGUGAGCGGUGAGGAAAUCUUCAGUGAACUGGUGCCUGAUACCGAGUACCAGGCCUGCAUCCGAUGUGCAGGUGCAGGCCACUUCUGGAAGUGGAGCGAAUGGAAUUGUCAGAAGUUCAGCACAUCUGAGGCAGCUCCCUCGGAGGCUCUCGCUGUCUGGAGCACAGUGAGGGAAGAGAAUGGCAGUUGUAUUGUGAACUUAUUCUGGAAGCCAUUGUCAAAACUUCACGCCAAAGGCAAGAUCCUACACUAUAAUAUAAUUACAGAAAAUCUAGACAAACCACACAGGGUAAAACUGUACUCCGCUUCAGGACUAGCUAAUGACAUGAAACUAACCCUAGACCAGUGUGCUUACCAAAUUAAUGUCACAGCCAGCAACAGUGCAGGCCAGUCCCCUGCAUCUGUCAUUGCCAUCUCUGGAGACUCUGGGAAAGAAGUUGAAGAGGAAAGAAUUCAACGUACAGAGGAUGGAUUCUUUGUGUCCUGGAAACCUCUAUCUGCAGACAACAUCAUAGGCUAUGUUGUGGGCUGGUGUGUGCGUCUCCAGGACCCACUCUGUGAUUUGCAGUGGAAGAACAUAGGACCCAAUACCACAAGUACAGUCAUCAGCUCAGAUGCUUUCAGACCAGGGAUUCGAUAUGACUUCAGAGUUUAUGGAAUAUCUACAGGACGGGUUGCUUCUUUAAUAGAGAAAAGAACAGGAUACUACCGGGAACUGACUCCUUCAAUGAACCCUCGAGUGACCGUGAAAAACUUGACCUCCCACUCCUUUGUUCUGAGCUGGACGGAUUACUCCACAAAUGACCAGUCAGGUUUUAUUCAAGGGUACCAUGUCUCUCUGAAAUCCAAAAACAGACAGUGCCAACCAGGAUUUGAAAAGGCGGUUUGUUCAGAUGAUUCGGUAUGUUGCAAAUACAACAUCAAAAACCCAGAACAAAAGACAUUCACUGUGGAAAACCUCCAGCCAGAAUCCCACUAUGAGUUUUUGGUCACAUCCUAUACGCGUGUUGGAGAAGGCCCCAAUGGAACAUUCACGGCAGUCACCACUCCAGAUGAACUCUCCUACACGUUGGUACAGAUCAUACUGCCCAUGAUUUUCAGUGUCUUGCUCAUCAUUUCUGUGUGUUACUGGAAAAGUCAGUGGGUGAAGGAGAAGUGUUACCCAGAAAUCCCAGAUCCUAACAAGAGCAGCAUCUUGUCACUGAUAAAAUCCAAGGAAAACCCUCAUUUAACAAUAAUGAAUGUCAAAGACUGCAUUCCAGAUGCUCUUGAAGUUAUAAACAAGCCAGAAAGCACCAAGGCACAAGUCAUGGGUACUGAGAAGCCAUUCUUGGCGGAGAGUGAAUUAACUGCCUACCUUUAUCCCUUGCAAAAAGAGCACUCAGGCCCUGGGCCCUGGAUCUGUUUCGAGAACUUUACUUACAAUCAGUCAGCUUCUGACGCUGGUUUGUGUGGUCACAUUCCAGUACCCUCAAAAGACCUACCGUGGCAACAAGGACUGUUGACCCAACCUGACAACUUACUAAAUGUGUUAGAAGGAAACUGUGAGCAACCUCUGAGAGAAAUCCCAGCUGGAGAAGCAAGUUUGAAUUAUGUGUCUCAACUGGCAUCACCCCUGUAUGGAGACAAGGACAGUUUUUCAAACAAUCCAACCACAACCAUGCCAGAGCCCUGUUCAGACUAUAAAAUGCAAAUGGCGGUGCCAGCAUGCCUUGCCUCGCCUCUCCCAAGCAAAGAGAGCAGCUUGUCCUCAGUGGUCCUUUUAGAUCAAGGUGAACACUAUCAUUAACAGGAUCUACCCCACACAGACACUGCGAGUAGCAUGCUUGGCACCAUGUUGCACCACAGGCUUUGGUCCUUUAUCCCAGUGAGCAGUCUCUGCUUGCUGGUCUGAUUUAUAUAAGAACACUGCAGUCUGGCUAGAUUAAACACUAGAACUAUGGGGCUCAGCAUUCCCUCUGGUAGGCUUACUUCAGAAAUAGUAGAUAAUGGGAACAUGCUGGCCUUGUUGCUGCUUAUUCCAGGCUCACCCUUAGCACAGUCUACUUUAACUUGACAGAAGGUUAGACAUAGCCUAACCUUCCACAGUACGGAAUGGGCAUAGCCACUAUUCAGGCCUUGCCCUCUCUGUACUGUGGAAGGGAGCUGUGGUCCUAGAAGCUCCAUUUCCCAUGAAAAAGAGUGUCAUUAAAUUUUACUCUGAUAUUUAAUAUCUUUAGGGUAAAGCAAUUGUGUUAAAUAUUUAAUAGGGACCACAAAAAGAUUUAUUACUGGAACAUACAUUGUCAACUCAAAUUUACUGUGUUUAAUGAAAAAGUUACAAACGUUGGACACUAACAGAUAUUAGACUUGGUUAGAAAUUAAGAAUUUCUAGUUUGUUGAGUCAUUAACAUUAACUUUCAUUAUUGAUUUUCAUUGUUAUUAUAAAGGGUUACUGUUUCAUAAGUCAGGUAAAUGAGUACAUUUCUUUUUGGACAAUGUCACCACUUCCUUGGCUCUCUCCCAGAUUUUUCCCUUCCAUCUCUGCAAAACUAACUCUUGAGGCACAGAUCUAACCUAAAAAGUAAGAUCUAUGGAUGAAACAAUAAGAUCUUCAUAAUUCUUACGUGUAACUUACUGUGGUAAGACAAUAAGAUUAAUUUUCAACUACCUCAGAAUAGAAAAGGAAAAAGUAUCACUAAGUAUUUCCAUUGACAUUUUAUUGUUCCCAUUUUUGUUCAAGAGCUCUAUAUGAACGACCCAUUUCCACUUAGCACCCUUUGGACUCCACAGUAGGUUGUCUGGGUCAAGGAAAUUCUCUCCAUUUACAUUCUUAUUGUGCUAAACUAAUAAGUCAACUGAAACCUCAUUGUUGGCUGUAACUUGAGACACAACUUUGAAAAGUUUCAUGGAGUGAGAAAUUUUUGUUGGCUCUAGAGAAACUAUCUCUUGAAAUUACACUUGGUCCUCCGUAUAUGAGGAUUCUCACCCCAAGAUUAGUAAUGUUUGCCUUUGCAUUAUUUUAGGUAUUAGAGAUGACAUGGUAUAUAGAAGGAUACACAUAGGUUUUUUGCAAAUAUUACAUAAACAUGAAGAUUUAGGUUUGGAAAUGGGUAACUGCAGUAGACACCACCGUGGGAUGACUGCAUAUGCAAAAUACUGGGUAGAUACAGAAUAGGUUUUAACACAUGUAAUUCCUUACUCUUCCCAUCAGCCCAUCCCUAAUGUUUGUUACAUUUUAUAAAACAAAUGGUUUAAGGCCCCCAACUUCUAAGUGUUCUUCUCAUUAACACAAGGACAGACAUCCCAACAAAGCGAAAUAUGCAGCUUCUGUGAGAAGCUGCUCCUGUGUUCAUCCUCGCAUCAAUGGCCGUCCCUUCACCUCUGUCCACAGACGCAGAACCGAUUUCCCCCACACACAUCCCGACUCCUUGGAAAGCUGAGGAGUAUCUGAAGCUCAGGAUGCAAAUGACAAAGUAGAGCGCUCAGAAUUUGUGGGCCUGAAAACAUUUGUUUUAAGGUUUCUUUCAUUUUGCCAGCUGCUGUGUGUGGUAGAAAUGACUCUGAUUAUGCAUGUAGCUCUGCUACUACCUAAUGUUACCCUACAGAAAUUAUCCACAGCAGAAUAUACCUACACAAAGCAGUAGUUUUGUUCAAACUUUUCAGCCUCUUCUUCACAGCCUUUUGUUGAAAAAAAUAACAUCGCACAAAGCAGUGUUUCCUUUGGUUUGAUAGUUGUGAAAAGACUUUUGCUCAGUAUUGAAAUCACACAUCCUCCUUUGUUAAUUAUGUUUUUCAUUUGAAACGUACCCAGAAAAUGCCAAUGGCACUGAUUUGUGUAUGUAUUCUUCCAUUUAGGUUUGGUUUAAAAAAUAAUCCAUAGUCUUGACACUCUUUUACUGUUGCAGAAAGUCUUAAUUAAAACAUUUCACCAUCACA